GUUUACUCCUUGGAUGGUCUGUUAGUUCUAGCCCUGUUGGUGGUGUGCACUUGUGCUUACAUAACAAAAGUUCCCAGACUCAAAUCUUUUUUUCUUUCUGAAAAGAAAGGAUUCUUUGGGGUAUUUUAUAAAGGUAAGUCAAUGUUCUUAAAUAAAAAUAAAUAAUUAAAGCAGUGCUCUGACAAAAUUUGCUGGUAGCCCAACUGAACCUAGUCUGAUCAAGCAAACUAGCCUCCUCUGCAUGUGCAGGUUCUGAGGGCGAAAGAAAGAAGAGAGAUCUUGAAAUCAUGUCUCAGGAAUUUGAAAUCCACCUUCAGUGCUGCUUUUGGCUGCUCUCAACUGAGCUAUCAUAUUUUGGCCUAUCAGUGCAGAGUGAAACAAACAUCGAAUGUAAACAAACAUUGAAAAGCACAUGAAUGAUAAACUUCCCUCAAGCUUGCUUGAGCUGUUACCAAUAGAAGGUCCUAAAUUGCCUGUGUGUCAUUGUCACCCACCACGUUUAAUUCCUUCCCUACUUGGCAACCACACCGACCAAAUGUCUACACGUAAAUGCAACAAACAAUUGUAUCACCUUCUACGAUCUUUCUGUUGCUAGGAUUUUCCUUUCUCUGUGUGAAAAGCCCCUAAACCUUGUUCCCAGGCUUCUCUCCAACUUGCCUCCAAAGAAAAAAAUGUGGGAACAAGGUUGACGUAUAUAGUGACUAGAAUUUUAUUAAUUUUUCUUUUUUCCUUCAGCUGCAGUUAUUGGAAUUCGUCUUCACUGGGCAGUGGCAUUGUCUUGUUUUCUAAUGGCACUCUAUGUUCUCAUACUAAAGUAA